AUGAACACUCACCAUUCACGAAAAGAAGAGAUUGAUCGUCUUUUUGCUGAUCUAUCGCCAUGGGAUAUCAUAUAUCUCCGCAAAAAGAUUGAAGCCACGACAAUCACGCUCGCUGGUUUCCAAGAUCUCCCACCAGAGCUUAUUUGCACGGUUCUUUUGUACCUCGAUUUCGACGAUUAUCGAUGCUGCACAAGGGUGUGCCGGAAAUGGAGGGAGUUAUGGGCACAAGGAAUCGUUUUCCGUCAAGCGCUACGCCAAUUCUUUCCAGGUCUUCAAUUGGCUUAUCCGGAUAUAUCACCCCAAAACCUCUAUGCGCGUCAGGUACAGAAACAUGUCAAAUGGCGACAACCUUACUGCAGUUUCACUUGGAUCCCAUGGAACUUGGGCGCAAGCGAUAACUUCAUCGAUCUUCCCGAAUACGCUCAACCUGCAAGGCAAAGUACUCAUGUGCCAUGGCGCUCCCACUACAACAAUGGCAAGUUGGCAUGGCAGUCUUCCCAACGCACCUUUAUUAUCGAUGAUCUCCAAACGCGGCAGAGACUACGAUUCAUUCCACCCGGAAGUGCCAUGACGGGUGCAGAGUUUCAAGCCGUUGGUAUGAGCGACAAGCUUCUCGUUCUGCUUGAGAUGGAACCAAGGAUGCGGAAGAUACAUAUCGUCCAUUUAGAAACACGCGAAUGGAAGCAACUCACCCUGCCGACCGCCCUUCAACAGGCGUAUUUGGAGUCAACGGUCGUGUAUCUUGUGACACAGACUGCACUCAUGUAUUUUGCUUGGGGCGGGAUACUCAAGCAACUUGAUAAGGCAAAGCUUGAGCGCCCUAUUGGCACCACGCACAUGUUCGGAGGCCAGCCCAAGGUUCUACCGCAUCCUACGAUGGACAAUGUGGCGUUUGUAGUCAGAGCGUUUUCCAAUAACUAUGGAGAUGAACGUCUAUGCAGCUUUGUUGUGACCAAGUUUGAAGACGGCAAGGCCACUUGGCAUUCCACAGAAUCCAUAGCAAACCCACUGCAGAAUCCCCAGCCAGACUGCCACGACUAUUCUUGGGCCACGGUGUCGUUCAUCUGCAAAAGGUCUGACAAUCACGGCACCUUUUGCAUCGGGCUGUAUCGCAUUCAAAGAUCAGAAACAAGUCGACUCGAGCUAUGCCCAUGCUGUGAACCACGAACAAGAAGAGGAGAUUGGGGUGCUGUCACAUUCAAUGUUUUGACGCAGAAUUUUCGGCAGCAUGAAUACUUGUCGACGCGCCUUGAUGUUCUCUGGGAUGCAGACAACAGGAAUCAGCUGGUGGACCGGAACCUGCUGAAGUUGGAGAAUGUGCAUCUGUGGAAUGAUGACCUGGUAUUGGCAGCGGGCAAGAUGUCUGAUGACCAGAAAACGGACAUUUAUCUCCAAACACUUCAUCCUGUUGGAAGUCAUCAGGCGCCAUCACCACAGUGGGCGCCAGUACGCAUCACGUGUAUACUUCAAGCUGGCGGGAUCGAGGUGUUCCAAGAUGAUGACUUUCUAAUUCUUCCUACACUAGGUGGUUUGACUAUUUACCAACCAUCAACAACACCCUCGGAUGGUAUUAUUAUUGAUGACAGCUGGGAAUUAUCCCAAGUGGCGCAUGUGCAACUGCUGUACUCGUUGGUCAGCAUGUCGGAAAUGCUGGAGCUGAAGCAUAAUGAGAUGGGAUGCGGGCUGACAACACGAAACGAGAGAAGCAGAGGACGACCAGACUCACCUCAGAUUGUUCAUUCUGUGGAUCAAUGGUCUCCCUACCCUAUUGAUGCAGUAGACUUUGAGUAUUACUACGACUGA